AUGAAUGAAGAUCAAUGUAAUGGCUACUGGAUGAUUCAAUUGACAAAGGGCACAGUCGGACUUGGGACUCGAGUUUUCUUCUUGAUGAUGGCAGAUAGAAAGAUGAAAGCUUCCAAGAAUGCAUUUGAUGCAAUUAUUGAUACUGAUAUAACUUCCUUUCAUAGAGUUGGCAUUUAUAAAUUAAAGGUAAAAUUGACUUCUCACAUCAUGUUUCUACGGAUUCUGAACCAUCGAUUGGUUUGUCGGGCAUUCCAACAAAAGGAUUUCAGAUCGAGGAGGUGCACGAGCCACAGGUGCAUGAUUUGAUCAUUCAAGGAAAUUAAAUCGAAGAAGACUGGUGAGGGAUGCGGUAAGUAUGAAGAUGUUCUUUCUGUAUUUAUUGUAGAUUGCAUUGUACUUUCAUUUAAAACUACCUGGAUAUAAAAUUGUAUUUUCAUUGUUUUCGAAAAUCUAUUCAAAUAUAGCAUUGUACUUCUUUUGGUAGCAUGAUGUAUCAUUACAUUUCCAUUCAUCCGAUUGAUGGAAAAUUACACA